AUGAGCACAAAGGCUGUAAUCGAAGAAAAUAAAGACCCCGCUACCAAAGAACUCAAAACUACAUCCCAACCCACCUGCAACAAAGACAGAUCAAAAGCUUACAGAAAAAGAAAGAAAGAAUUCCUAAAAUCCCUCGAACAACGAGUAAAACUACUCGAAAGUGAAAACCAAGACCUAAAAUCCGACAACGAAAGACUCCAACAAAUCAUCAAACAAGGAGGGCUCGGCAAGAUCUCCUUCGAUUCAAAGCUGAAAGAAAACGAAGAUUAUAUGUAUUUGAUUUUUUAAGUGGUGGGAAUGUUUAAGAAGGGAUUUGGAGGGAUUAGUGGAUGGUCUAUGGGUUAUAUGAUUAGGCUGAGUGAAUUUUUUAAUUUUUAGGUAUAAUAAUAUUUUUAAGAAGGUUAAGAAUGAGCCUGAUAAUUUAAGACAUACAAUGAUUCAGCAAGCUUAUGAGAAUAUUGGAGAGUUUAGCCCAGCUAGGAUUGAGUUGGUAAAGAAGCAAUUUAAAGAAAUUCUUGAUAAUAUUGUUGCUUUCGAUACGAAAGUUAUUCAUUGCUGUUUCAAAGGAAUGACGGUAAAAGAGUUUGUACAAAAGCAAAGAAGAAAGAGAAACAUCAAGUUUAUAAGAAAAAAAGGAGAUAAUUCUUAUAAUGCUGCAAGAGAAAUAUUCAAUGAAUAUAAAUUCUCAGAUGAAAUGGUCAACAUUAUGGGAGAAGAGACAGCUGACUACUUAAAACUCACUAGGAAAAUUCAAAAAAUAGCCCAGCAAUUGGUCCAAUUAAGAAACGAUUUAAUCAACACUUGGAAGGGAAUCCAUGAUGAAACCCAUGAAAAAGAUUGCGCUCUAAAUUUCUCAAAGCAAGAUUUAGCCAAUAUGGGUGACUUAUAUGCAAGACUUAAGGAGACUGACCUCCUUACCACUCACAACGCAUGGAAUAUUCCAAAGAAAAUCCAUAAUAACGAGACCUAUGAAGGAGGAGAGAUGACUGAUGAUUGCCCAGAAGAAAAGAAAGAAUAA